AUGAUGCGGCCUCGUAGUAGGCCCGCUCAGCGUGAGGAAGUCUCUAUAGAGCUCACCGACCUCUCACGCUGCCACAGCAGAGCUCCGCUCCAGGGCAUUCGCGCUACGAUAAAAGAUAAACGUGACAAGCUAAAUCGCGCCAAAAUUGAACGAAGAGUUGGAGACGGUGUAGGUGGUGCUGACUAUGAGAAGAGGAUUUUGAGGUAUGGGACAGCUUUUGACUAUACUCUAAUGAGUAUUGGAGCUGCUGCUGCACUGAUUACCGGCAUUGCAUUCCCUAUCAUGAUCUUAGUUUUGGGCGGCUUUAUCAAUCAAUUCUUUUACUACGCAACCGCGGGGAAUUCCGAAACUUUUGUGAAAGAGACAUCUAGUUUAUGCCUCAAAUUCGUAUAUAUCUUCCUGGCAAGAUGGAUUACAGGAUUCAUCUCAAUGAGCUGUUUUCGCAUCUCCUCAAUGCGUAUCUCGUCUACUCUUCGGCUAGCUUAUAUUACCUCAAUCUUCCGCCAGGACCUCACCUACUUUGACACGCUCGCCCUUAACCCCGUCGUCGACACUGGCACCGGAACCCAUCUCAGUACCGACCACACUAAUCCGGCCGUCCACAAGCCCGGCACUCCUGGCUCCGUAGCGGUCUCAAUCACAUCGGUCACAAGCACUGUUCAAAUGGGCAUUGGCGAGCGCAUCAGUUCAGUGGUUCAAUCCUUCGCCAUGCUCCUCGCAGGUUUCUCCAUUGCACUUACGAUUAACUGGCGCCUGACUCUUGCGUCGUCGGCUGUCGUUCCUGUGGCGAUUAUUAUUUAUGGAAUCACGAUCCCGAUCCAGGUCAAGCACGACAAGAGGAUCAUCAUGGCAUAUACCAAGGCUGCAGACCUAGCAGAAGAGGUGCUAUCUAGUAUCCGCACGAUUCAAAGCUUCAACGCAGAAUGGACACAUGCUAAAAAAUAUGAUGAACUUCUGACUCGUGCCAAAACACAAGGUGUAAGAAAGGCGCCACUAUCCGGAUUACAGUGCUUCCUAGGUUCAUUCAUAAUGUUUUCGGCAUACACAAUAUGUUUCCGCUACGGGGCCAGCCUGUUCAUGAGCGGUAGAAUUGAUAGUCCCGGUGAAAUAAUAGUUGUUUUCUAUGCGGCGCUGUUCGGAAUAGGGUCUUUUGCGGCUCUCGCAAGCCCGAUUCAGGCCAUGGCUAAAGCCUCAGCUGCAGCUUCAAUCAUAUUCCAAGUGAUUGAUCGCCCCCCGCUAGUCGACUCUCUCUCUGAUGAAGGGGAGUCUCCCCUUGAACUCCCGGCAGGUGACAUUGAAUUUCGGGGCAUCCAGUUCGCAUACCCCGGUGGCGGGAACCGCGAUAAAUCUGUGGUCCUUGGGGGCAAAAUCGGUUCACCGUCACUAGAUAGCCCAUAUUUAGAAAAUGAAGAUGGAAGCUCAGGUUGGGAUGCUGAGGGGUUAACCUUGAGCUUCCCACGCAACAAGACAACUGCGAUAGUAGGCCCUUCAGGCGCGGGUAAAUCCACGAUUGUGGCACUGCUUGAGAGAUGGUAUGAGCCGCAGGUGGGCAGCAUCUCUAUAGGGAAUAUAGAUAUCGCGGAUCUCAACCUACGGUACUGGAGAGGAAAAAUUGGGUUUGUGACGCAGGAGCCAUUUCUGUUCAACGACACGAUUUAUCAGAAUGUGGCAUACGGAUUGCAGGGAACAAUGUAUGAAGGCGUGUCCGAGAGCGGGAAAAGGCAAAUGGUGCACGAGGCCUGCGUCGAAGCGAACGCGGCCGAGUUUAUCAAUGAACUUCCGGACAGGUAUGAUUCACUGGUCGGGGAGGGUGGUAUCAAGCUCUCCGGGGGCCAGAAGCAGCGAAUUGCAAUUGCGAGGAGCAUCAUCUCUAAGCCACCAAUCCUGGUAUUGGACGAGGCAACCAGUGCCCUUGACCCAAUUAACGAGCAAAUAAUCCACAGGGCUCUUGAGACAAUCUCGAAGGGUCGGACAACGAUCAUGAUUGCACAUCGUUUGUCAACCCUUAAGAACGCAGACAAGAUUAUUGUCCUCGAAAAGGGAAAUAUAGUUGAGAGCGGCACUCAUACAGAGCUUAUGGAGAACGCAGCUGGAGUGUACCGGGCAUCAGUUGGUUUGCAGUCUUUAAUGAUUGAUAUUCCAGAUGAGGAUGAUCCAUUCAGGGAUCCAGAAGAUGAAGAGGAAGACAUAAUUGUGAUCCCGGCGGAGGGGGCGCGCCUUCUGGCUACAGGGGAACCUGUCACCACUAAAUGGAAGAAGUUGGGUAUUUUUUCGCUCCUCUGGCUAAUUUUGAGGGAGCAGUCGAAACUAUGGCCGAUUUAUACGGCCGGCGUAGCUGGAUCUCUUGGGUCUGGAAUUGCUCUCCCAAUGUCAGGACUUCUGUUGGCGAGUUUCUUGAUAACCUUUGAUCUUGCACAAGCUGGAGAGAUGACCCUAUUCGACAAGGCCAGCACCUUUUGGGCAUAUAUGUUCAUGGUUUUAGCUGUCGGUACUGGUCUAAUGUGUUUCCUCAUGGGCUACAUGCUCACAAAAUCCUCCUUUAUCUCGGGCAGCCAUUACCGUUCAGAGUACUUCCGAAAUAUCCUAUCACAAAAGAUCCCCUUCUUUGACAAGUCUUCCAACUCUUCCGGCGAACUCACCUCCAAGCUCAACAUUUACCCCGGCGCCGUCCAGGAGCUCAUCGGCACUCCCGCCGGUCUCGUGGUCUCCUCAUUUGCAACUUUUGUCUCCUCUUGUGCAAUCUCUAUCUAUAUCUGCCCGAAGCUUGCGGGCGCCGUCCUCCUGGCCUGUGUUCCAUUGAACCUCCUUGCGGGCUGGGCAAAAAUUUGGAUCGAGCGACGAUUCGUCAGCGACUCUAUGGAAGUGUUUGCGGAGAGCUCGCAAUUUGCAACGGAGGCGGUCGGAGCCUAUAGGACCGUAUCAUCCCUCUGCUUAGAAAGACCAAUUGUACAACGUUUUAGGAAACUUCUGAGCGGCCAUGUCAAGAAGCAAUCCUUCAGGGUCUUGUGGUCCUCCGUCUUUUAUUCGGCCACGGAGUCAUCGACAAUUCUGGCUUCGGCUUUUACGUUCUGGUGGGGUGGAAACUUGAUCAUACGAAAAGAGAUCAGCAUUUUUCAGUUCUAUGUGGUAUAUCUAACAGUGCUCCAAGGAGGUGAUGCGAUAGGGAACAUGUUCACUAUCGCGAAUAAGAUGGCCCUAGCCAUUCUUUCGGCAAACAAAAUGUUUGAAAUUCGACAAGCUCAAGGUUUUAAACCGUUGGGUAAGCGGUUAAAUCUGCAGGAAAGGGGGGGUUGCACGAUUGAGUUUAAGGAUGUUGAUUUCGGAUAUAAUGAUAGAAACCUUAACGUCUUUAAUGGCCUCAACCUAAAGAUAGAGAAAGGGCAGUUUGUGGCGCUUGUUGGACCUUCUGGAUGUGGGAAAAGUACAAUCAUCAGUCUACUAGAAAGAUUCUACGAUGUUAGUAGGGGAGAUAUUCUCAUUGAUGGGCAGAGUUUGGCGCCAAUGGACGUGGGGGUAUAUCGCAACGUAGUCUCGCUUGUUGCACAAGAGCCGACUAUUUACCAAGGAACAAUUCGCGAAAACAUUUGCAUUGGCGCUACACCAAAUGUUAGUGAGGAAGAGAUAAUUCAAGCCGCACGAGAUGCCUAUCUCCACGAUUUUGUAUCAUCACUCCCAGAUGGCUAUAAUACUCUCUGCGGAAACAGGGGAAUUGGCCUCUCUGGAGGACAGAAGCAAAGACUGUCCAUUGCACGUGCACUCAUUCGAAAACCCCGGAUUUUGCUUCUUGAUGAAGCAACCGCUAGCUUAGACUCGGAUUCUGAAAGGAUUGUGCAGAGCGCGUUAGAAGGAGUUGAUAGAGAAAGUCGUCAAAUGACAAUGAUCGCUGUAGCUCAUAGAAUCUCUUCUAUCAAGAACGCGGAUGUAAUAUUCGUUCUCAAUGAGGGGAGGGUGGUGGAGAAAGGAACCCAUGAUACGUUGAUCCGCAAGAGGGGAAUGUAUUUUGAAAUGUGUCAGGCACAGGCUCUGGAUCGUUAG